GUAGACGUAUAUUUGACAUGUAUUUCACUUUGCAAUAUAUAAACAAGAACUCAGGAUAAUAUACUUUAAAGAGGAACAAUCAACUGCAAUCAACAAUGAGCUACUGUUUAAUUUCAUGGGGUGCCAAUUCUCAUGGGCAACUUGGGCAAGGCUUUCGAGCAGAAGAAUGCCAAGUAGCCGGCGAAGUUGAUUUAUCAGACUGCUCAUUGGAACCGCGAAAGAUAAAUAAAAUAGUUGGUGGUGCUGGACACACAUUAAUUUUAGAUGAUGAUGGCCGCGUGUAUUCCUGCGGCUGGAACAAUAAAGGACAAACAGGUUUUUCCGUGGAUAAGGAGUCCUGUACGUUCCGGGAAAUAGGGGGUAAACUAAAAGACAAAGUUGUUGUGGAGGUAGCAUGCGGCUGGGAUUGUUCCGCUGCAUUAACAAUAGAAGGUACGUUGCUUCUAUGGGGAUCGAACUGUUUCGGACAAUUGGGGAAAAACCCAGGCACCCUUCGAUGGACAUACGAGCCCCUUGAGGUUGCGCUUGACCGAAAAAUAAAACGGGUUGCCAUAGGUUUAAGGCACAUUGCUCUAGUAACAGAGGACCAUAAAGUUUUAGUGGCGGGAUCAGGUAACAAAGGACAAUUAGGUUUAAGCCCCUCUAAAGAGGAGGAACUUUUCAAUGCAGCGUACACCUUCACGGAAGUUCCAACGCUACGAAAUAUACAAGACGUUACUUGCGGUCAACACCAUACGGUUGCAAUAACUGAGAACGGGAAUCUUUAUGCAUUCGGUGACAAUAGACACGGUCAAUUGGGCUUGAAUACCGAGAGCUUUUUGAAAACAUCAUUUCCAAUCGAAUUACCAGAUGUUCGGUUCAAUACAUUGGUAAAAACGUACAGCGGCUGGUCGCAUGUGAUCGCGUUGAACGAUGGUCAAAUUUUUUCAUGGGGACGAAACACAUACGGACAGUUGGGGAUGGCAGAGUUCAAGGAACCAUUAUCUUGGAAAAUGAUGCAAAUCGAAGGUCUCGCGAAAGUUAAUCACAUUGCAGUUGGCUCGGAACAUAACGUUGUUUUAACUGAAGAUGGGAGCAUUUUCUGUUGGGGGUGGAACGAGCAUGGAAACUGUGGAAACGGUGAUACAAGGGAUAUCAAAUUUCCGAAAAAGCUACCAUAUUCUUCCACAUUCACGGCGGUACGCGUUGGAAGCGGUGCAGGUCAUUCAUUCGCUCUAAUUAAAAAAUCUUGAUUAAUUCGUAUAUUGCAUUUCUGUAAUUGUGUAUU